AUGGAUUUGAAAGCUCAUGAUCACCAACUCACCCUUCUUCCAAGACACGAUACUUUUAUUUGUAAUGCUUGCGGCCUCAAGGGAGAUCAAAGCCCUUACAUAUGUGUUCCAUGUGGUUUCAUGAUCCAUCAACACUGUCUUGGUCUUCCAAAUGUCAUUAACAUCAAUCGCCAUGAUCACCGUGUUUCUCGUACUUCGGUUCUUGGUGACAGUGCUAUGAAUUCUGUGUGCGGAGUUUGUCGCAAGCAAGUGAACUGGAAAUAUGGGGGAUUCUCUUGUCAGAGGUGUCCUGGAUAUGUCGUUCAUUCUAGAUGCGCUACAAGAGUUGAUGUAUGA